AUGAAACUGCCAGGCGCAGUUAUCCUGAUUUCCCUUGCAGCUGCGGCAGAUCCUCCAAAUAUAACCUGCACGUCUAUGACACAAGCCAAGUUUCCAAUCCUGGACUUUUAUCACAGAGAAGGGGUUGAAGCUUCCACUCUCCGGCCUCUGCGGGCUGUGAGCCUGGGUGCCUUUCGUGAUGCGCACAGUGACGGUCUGCGAGUGCUGCUACACCAUGGUGCUGAAGUCUACGGCUUUGACAGCCCGGAAAACUGCGCUGAAGACAGUCUCAACGUGUCUUCGCCAACAUGGAGCAACUGCGGAGGACGACUGCACUGCAUAGGAAAGCUUGUUGGGGAUGGUAGCAAGCAUCGCUUCAACUACAACCCAGCUUUUCCUUGGCUGUCUUCAUUGUACAAGCCUAGCAGACGCCUCUGGCGCCAUUUUGUGUCAUCUGGCUGCUCGCUGUUCCAAGUACAGAACGUGAGCACUGUCCGCUUGGAUGACCUCGGUUUGACGAGCAUUGAUUAUUUGAAGUUGGAUAUUCAGGGAGGAGAGCUGAAUGCAUUAGGAGGUGCUGAAAAAAUGCUCAGGAACGUACUGGUGCUUCAGGUGGAAGUGUCUCUUGAGCAUGUUUACGAAGGUCAGCCACUGUUCGGCGACGUUGACAGAUUCCUGCGACAGAGGGGAUUCACUUUCCACCGCCUGCGUGAUCUCAGGGGCCUGGUCCUGCGCCCACUGCAUACAGACGAGCUAUAUCGAUUCGCCACACACGAGAUGUUCGGAGAUGCGAUCUAUGUACGCAGUAUGUGGGGAUCCCUGUCUCCCACAGAGGCCAUUCGUACGGCAUGGCUCUUGCAUGAGCUCUAUCAGUCCUACGAUGUAGCACUGCAUCUCUUGAAGCUGUCCGUUCCAAGUCUUGCAAGGGCCUAUUUCUCGAAGCUCGUAGAUCACGAAGGCUUGGCAGGAGCAGGAGCCCUUAGCCAUGCUUUCGAGGCUUUCCCAGAGCUCAAGGACCCAGAAGCUUUCAGGGGAAGUUUCCUCUGGGACACUCACUUCAUUCCUCUUGGCGUUUUGGCAGAAGGGAUUCUGAAACGGACAUGGCUCGGAGGUAGCAUCCAUAUUGCCGGUUGCGCUUAUCAGGCCACCCGCUUGGUUUUGGCACCGGCCGCCGCUCUGAAUCCUUGCACGGGGCUCUGCUUCAUCACUUGUCCCCAGCUUGUUCCUGAGACAUUUUCCGACUCCACUGCCAUUUUCCUCAGACGAGCCACGGCUUUACACGUGAACAUGGUCGAGUUGGUGAAUGAGGUGCCACGCUGGGUCGGCAUCCGCAUGCCUCGGCAUCGCAAUGCAGCGUGGCCCAUCGAGCUUGCUGGCAUUUUGACGGCUGUUUCUGUUUCUGCUGCGGAUGUGGAGGAGAAGACACCGCAGACCUGCCAAAGUCUUAUCUCCUGGGCAACGUACUUGGCUCCACUGUUUGACCUCACAUAUCCGGAAACAACACAGACGGUUUUCGAUGCGACUCAGUCCAUUGCAAGCCUCUGCAGAACCGCGGAUGCUCCGUCGUGUUCAGCUUCCGCCCACGUCUUCUGCCGGCAGGCUUUUCAUAUCGCCACACUCCAGUCGAUCCCUCACUGCCCACUGGAUUUGUUUGGAUGGAGCCUGAGAGGCUACUUCGACUACCUCGAGGAACAGGUUAGUCGUGGAACCUGUGAUUCCAUUCAGGCAAUUCCGGCAAUUCCGGCGCCUCGAAAUCCGAGCAGUCCUAGCAAGAAUCCUUACGGCAGCAUCGACAGCGUUUGCCCCCUUCGCGGCAAAGGCAUUCCAGUGGAUGCGACCUUGUUGUGCAGCAGUCAGAGAGCAAUCGAGGUUCCUUUGGAUGACACGCUGCUGCUGACAUCUGUAUGGAUCAGUGGUGCUCACGCACAAUCGCAGAUGUCCUACAGACUAGGAUUCCAAGGCAAGUCUGGAUGGACCUGGUACCAGCAAGGGAAGUCGUUCAAUAUGAGCUCACAGACAGGCUGGCAUGCAUUGCCAGCACUUACAACGAGCCACAUUCACAUUCAAGCAGUCGGUGCACACCGGAAACAUUGCGUGUGUUUGGCACUGCGCGGCUGCGGACGGCUUCAUACACGUCCAGGCCCAUCAUUUUCCCAGCUGCUCAUGGAGCCGUACCCUGUUUUUGGCAUGCAGUUCUUGAUACAAGAUCUGACGGUGCCAGCCAGCGAGAUUGCGACCAAGCCUUGCGACGAAGCUGCCGUGUCCUUUGUGACUGCCACGGUCGCGCAGCUGCAGACCCCGGCAUCGCGUCUGAAACCUUUGGACCGGCUCAUUCCAGUUCCCAAAGGGCACGCUUGCAGCGCCGUGGUUGGCGCCAAGCAGCUGAGUGCGAUGGCGCUGUUGGCUGCUCCACAGCCACUGAAUGCCACUGGAGCAGAGCUGCCGCGCAAAGACCAGGAGCUGAGAGCUCGUCGUUCCCUGAAGCAGGCAGCUCUUGCCGAGAAGCUCUUCAGAGAGGCUGGGACCGGCAUGUGUCAAGGCCACGCCGAUGCAUGGCUGCUGCUUCAUCGCACGCAUCUGCGACUGCAUCAAGCCGACCCACUUCUGAACAACUUCGUCUCAACUGACGUAAGGGAGAUGAUGGCCAAGGUCCCGCACGACCACCCAUGCGCAGGGGUGGCCUUCACAGGGCAGUUCGGAGCAGACAAGUGGGCUUUGGAGGAGGUCUUCUGCUGCAAGCAACAAGGCGUCUUUGUUGACAUCGGAGCUGCGCACAGCUGGAGGCUCAGCAACACUUAUGCCAUGGACGUCUUUCUUGGCUGGCAUGGUGUCUGCAUGGAUGCCGUCUUCGAGGACCCUCCAGGCUUCGUGCACACGCGCAGCUGCCAGCGCUAUGAGCAGCCGGUCUGGCGAGCAUCUGGAGAAACGCGAACCUUUCGGCGCCCGUCCAGCGCGAGGGCGCAAGCAGUUGGCCAUGGAUGGCUAGUAGGCGACAAUCAGUCUGCAGAACGCACCAAGGCGACAGAGAUGCAAGCUGACUUGGGGGAGGCCUGGACCCUGGACACACAUCAGGUGGUUACUAUCUCGAUGUGGGAUGCAGUGGUGCCAUAUCUCCAGGCCCACUCACUGGAUGCAGUAGAUUUCUUGAGUUUGGAUAUCGAGGGUCACGAGGAUGAAGUCUUAGAAGCCUUCUUCGAGAAAUCUGCGCAACAUCAGAACGCCCCGCUGGUUGGAGCCAUUGCCGUGGAAGUCAUCGGCAACGAGAAGGUCAAGCGCAUCCGGGACAUUUUGGAAAGCCACGGCUAUGUGCUGGACAAA